AUGCUGCGCGUCGUGAUGCUUGCCGUCUUCGGCCUGAUGGCGACCGUUUUGGCCGUCAACUUGGUGUCGUUGGACAAGGACGGCAUCUUGGACAGUGACACACUCAAGGAGUUCAGUAGCUUCAAGUCUCGCUUCAAUCGCGCAUGCUCGGACGGGUCUGCGGAGUGCAAACGUAAGAAGCAGGCGUUCAAAGCCAACCUGAAGAAGCUGAAAACGUUGAACGCCACGAAGAAGAAGGGAGGAGCCGAAUAUGGUAUCACCGAGUACCUCGACUGGGAUCCGGAGGAGCUGAAGAAGCUGGUUUUUAACAUCGAUACACUGCCUGCCCCCUUGAACAUCAGCAGCGUCGAUGCGGAAAGUCGCUCGAAAAGAGCCAACAUCGGCACAAAAGAUUGGCGGGCCACCCAAGCCGUCAACCCCAUUAGGAACCAGGGCUCCUGCGGAUCGUGUUGGGCUUUUGCCUCGGUGGCAGCCAUCGAAAUCCAAUCCAACUUCCUCAAUAAACGCACCGGUGCCAAGCGACGUGCUUAUUCGGAGCAGCAUUUGCUCAACUGUGUCGCAGGCAAUACGUGCAACGGCGGCUGGCCCAUCACUGCCAUGACCUAUGCCAAAACGAAAGGCCUGGCCAGGGCGGUCAAUCAGAAAUACACCGGCAAGAUAGUGGCUUGCCCGAAGAAGCUGGCCGUUGACAAGCCUGUUGCUAACGUACUCGACAUGACCGGGAAGCUUGCACAGAUGCAGAGUUAUGUCCAAAAUACUGGUCCAAUUACGGCCGCCUUCUACGUCUGCAACGACUUCUACAUGUACACCGGCGGCGUCUACCGUACCCAGUGCACCUACGAUAAUCCGGAAUUCGUGGGCGGGCAUGCUGUAGCUAUCAUUGGAUUUGGCACCACCGCUGAUGGCAUUGACUACUGGCUGGUUCGCAACUCGUGGGGCGUCAAUUGGGGCAUUAAUGGGUAUUUCAUGAUCGAACGCGGGACCGAUACCUCCUAUUUUGAGUCGUGGGGUGUGUCCGGGCCAAAGGCCGCCAAAAUCGCC